AGCUGAUAAGAGGAUAUGAAGAGAGGUUCUUACAUGGAGAGAAGAGUACUCUUGUUUGGUAGCCAAGGAUGACUUGCCUAAAAACACCUCAAAUAGAUGUUGGAAGUAACACCUUAUUUGGUUCAUUAAUUAGGCAGUCACUCCAUGGCUAACUUGACAGACUCUUCUUGCUCAUGUUAGGUCAUCUCUUCCUCAGUAGAAUCAGAAACCUGUCAUUAGAUUGUUACAAAUGGAAUGUGAAAGAACUAACAAUUGUUGAAGCCUUACGUGUUCGGAGAACUAAUGGGGGAAAACAUAAUUACAGGAUACCAGAGGUCGUAUGCGCCACACCCAAACUCAAAUUCCCUCUCGACGAUUGGCGAUUCAUUCCCGAUGGCACCUCCAACCGCUUCCCUUCAUUGCCGACCUCAAGAAGUCACCGGAGGACCACCGGUGACGACAACGAAUUCCAGCAACCACCUACUUUUGGCCACCAUAGUAGGAGUUGUAGGUAA